AUGGUUGCCACUAAGAACCUCGGCCUCGCAGGACUUGUCUGGCUCUCCCUUGCCGCUCAGGGACUCGCUCUGGGGGUUGAUGAAGCCACCAACGAUCUCACCCUUGUGGAGAGAAAUGUCGCCGCCGAGGAGCUCGAUGUUCGCGACGUUGAUGACGAGCUUUAUGAGCGAGAUUUUGAUGAGGAGCUCGACGAGCGCGACUUUGAUGACGAACUCGAAGAGCGAGAUUUUGAUGACGAGCAUCUCGAGGUCCGCGGAGGUGCUACGGUCAACCUCAAGGAGCAAAGACUCACCGGGAUCAAGGCCAACAGACCUAUUCCCACUCCUCCCAAGGAAGUCGAUACAAAGGCCUAUUGGGACAAGAAAUACGGUGUGAAGAAGGCUGUCUCUGGACCUGCCAAGUAUCGGCGAGAUCUUGAGGCCCGUGGAGGUGCUACGAUCAACCUUCAAGAGCAAAGAAUUACUGGCAUCAAGGCAAACAGACCUAUUCCUCCCCCUCCCAAAGAGAUCGAUACUAAGGCCUACUGGGCCAAGAAGUAUGGACACAAGAGGGGCCUCGAUGUCCGUGGGGGUGCCACGAUCAACCUUCAGGAGCAAAGAAUUACUGGCAUUAAGGCAAACAGGCCUAUCCCUCCCCCUCCUAAGGAGAUUGACACAAAGGCAUACUGGGCUAAGAAGUACGGACAUAAGAGGGGUCUCGAUGUUCGCGGAGGUGCCUCAAUCAACCUCAAGGAGCAGAGAAUCACCGGCAUCAAGGCAAACAGGCCUAUUCCUCCCCCUCCCAAGGAAAUCGAUACUAAGGCUUACUGGGCAAAGAAGUAUGGCAAAGCGUAG